GACAAAAAAAUAAUUUUUGUGAAGAUACUACGAGCUAAAAAAACCAUGAAACUAAUAUUGUUAUUAGCAACGGUAAUUGCAGCAAGUCAAGGUCUUUCGGUUGAGGAGCAGUGGACAGCUUUCAAAGAAAACUAUGGCAAAACAUACACCAGCUACGAACACGAAAAACGCAGGUUCGAUAUUUUUCAAGACAACCUCUUGUUAAUUCAACAACACAAUUCGAAAUACGAAAAAGGUGAAACGGCGUAUUACAUGGGAAUUACCAAAUUCAGCGAUAUCACUGAUGAAGAAUUCAACGCCAUGUUUUCCAAAAUUCCCAAAACUAAAAACGGAAAGUUAAAAUUCCUUCAAACAUCUACCACUCCUGCACCAUUGCCGGAAUCUGUCGAUUGGAAGGCAGCAGGAGCACUCCCGCCUGUAAUUGACCAAGGAGAUUGUUUCGCUGGAUAUGCUGCUUCCAGCGCAGAUGCACUCAGCGCCCUAUUGUUCAUCAAACAUAACGAAAGUGUUCAACUUAGUGCUCAGGAGUUACUAGAUUGUGGUGAAAAAUAUGGAAAUAAUGGCUGUAAAGGUGGGGAAGCAUAUGCAUCUUUUCAAUAUGUGGAAGGAAAAGGACUUCGUACAGCAAGUGCCUAUCCUUUUACCGGUAAAACUGAUGCUUGCAAUGCUACAGCUACUUCGGCUGAAAGUCCUAUUAAAUUUAUAGAAUAUGAGAGAAUUGUAGAGAUGGACGAAGUCUUUCAAUAUUAUCUAGCCACAAGGGGUCCAGUAAAUGGUGAUGUAUACGCAAAUCCUCUAAUUAGACACUACAAAGGAGGAAUAUAUGAUGAUGCCGAAAAGUGUCCAAACAACGAAAGUUAUCUAAACCAUGGAGUGCUUAUUGUAGGUUAUGGUACUACUAACGGAACUGAUUAUUGGUCCAUCAAAAAUUCAUGGGGUACAGAAUGGGGAGAAGAGGGAUACUUCAAAUUGAAGAGAAGCAUUUGUGGUAUUAAUAUGAACGGACAUGUCGCAGAUAUGUCGUAAAUUCGUCAUUAAACUGUAUUGAUUGAACGAG